AUGUACAAGUCGUCGCCCUCAGCUCCGCCAGGUUUUGUCCUCGUAUACUACCUAGCGGCUCUGGCGACGGCCGACAGCGGGUUCCUGCUCAUACUGUUCGUCGUCUGGCUGAACAGCCUCGACGUCGGCUGGUAGGACCGCGACGACGGCUGCAAGUUCGUCGUCUACUGCACGCUCGUCUGCAGCUUCCUGUCCGUCUGGUUCGUCGUCGCCUUCACCGUCGAGCGCUUCAUCGCCGUCUGCUACCCGCUGCACCGGCCGACGAUGUGCACGACCCGACGCGCCAACAUGACGAUAGCGGGCCUCGUCGCCACGGCCCUCGUCGUCUACAGCUACGCGUUCGUCGUUGCUGGCAUCGUGGACGUUGAUGGCGACGCCGACGGAGGCUACCCGCCGCAGUGUCUGCUGUACGAGCGCUACCUGCCGGCGAUGACCGUGCUGAAUAACGUUGACACGAUCCGCAUCAAGAAGAUGCUGCUCUUUGUCUUGACGGUCUUCAUUACCCUGAACCUGCCGAGCCACGCCGUCCGCCUGCACGUGUUCGUCGUGCACCUGCUAGAUGCAGGGUUCGUGCCCACAGAGCGGCUGGAGGUCGCUCAGCAGUACGCUCAGCUCGUCUACUACACCAACUUCUCCAUCAACUUCUUCCUGUACAGCCUCGCGGGCGCCAACUUUCGCAAGGCGCUGCGUCGGCUGCCAUCGACGCUGUGCCGACGUGCGGGCGUCGGCGCCGACGACGCGCCGCUGCCGGUAGCCGUCGUUCACUUCCCGAUACGGACGCGAAGUCGCGAGAGUGACUCGGCGAACUCUCACUCGCUGUGA